AUGGAAGAAGAUUUGGUGGUGAUCUCGAGAAGCAUCGUAAAUCCCAGAAAUGUUAAGAAAUCGACUUCAGUAAAGAAGAUUCAUCUGACUCCAUGGGAUCUCGCUCGUCUCCGUUUUGGUUAUCUUCAAAGAGGCCUUCUUUAUCCCAAACCUGAUCCCAAAAUUGACAUAGUAAUCUCACGUUUACAAGCUUCACUCUCUGCUGCACUUGAUCGUUUCUAUCCUUUAGCUGGCCGUCUUGUCAAGGUGAAGAACGAAGAUGAAACUGUCUCGUUCCUCAUCAGCUGCGAUGGUUCGGGCGUGGAGUUUGUUCACGCCGUGGCUAGAAACACCGAGGUCAGUGAUGUACUUCAGUUGUCCGGUUCAGUCCCCGGUUUCUUCAGUUCCUUUUUCCCUGCGACCGGGAUCAAGAACUACCACGGCGUCUCAAGAUCUCUCCUUAUGGUUCAAGUGACUGAGAUGAAAGAUGGGAUCUUUAUCGGCUUCGGUUAUAACUCUACCGUGGCUGACGGAAAUUCGAUCUGGAAGUUCUUCAACGCAUGGUCUGAGAUCUGCUCCAAGGAUCCGGGAUCCGAGACUUUCCAGCGCCGUAUUCACCUCAAAGGUUGGUUCUUUGACGGGAUUGAUUAUCCGAUCCACAUUCCAGACCCUGAAACAAAAGCUACUAGUCACGCAGCAUCGACCGAAUUACAAGAGAAGAUGUUUCAUCUCACAAAGGAGAGUGUUUUGAAACUGGAAGCUAAAGCCAACGAUGAGUCUGAUGAGAAGAUCUCGUCUAUUGAAGCGGUGUUAGGACAUAUAUGGCGAUCAAUGAUUAAGCAGAGUGGGAUGAGCCGAGAAGAAGAGACCCAUUGCAGGUUACCUAUAAACAUGAGGCGCAGGCUCGAUCCACCGCUCGAAGAAGAGUGUUUUGGGAAUGUGAGCCAGACCGGGAUAGCCACAGUCACGGUUCGGGAGCUGCUGGACCACGGCCUAGGCUGGGCCGCUGUGCAGAUAAACAAGAUGGAGCGGUCACAGACGGACGAAAAUGCGAAAGCUUUUGCUGAGGAUUGGGUGAAAAAUGUGAAGAUUCCGGUUUCGGUAGGCAGCAAAGAUUUGGUUGUGACUAACUCUCACCGGUUCGAUGUGUACAGCAACGAUUUCGGUUGGGGUAAACCGAUAGCAGCAAGAGCUGGACCACCCUAUCUCAAUGGGAGACUCGUUGUUUUCCAAGGUGCCGAAGAAGGAAGUCUUGAUUUUCAGGCCUGCUUCCACCCUCACGUUCUCCAAAAGCUAAUAAUGGAUAAUGAUUUUAACGAGUAUGUGAGCACUGUUUGA